AAGCCCUGUCAUGUCACAAAAAUUAUGUCAAGCGAUCGAACAAGAUUGAAGAAAUAGUUUUACUUUUUAUAGAUUUUACUGAGUAACUUUAUAUUAUUGUAAAACAGUUGGAUUAAUUGCGUGAUUUAUUGUAAUAUCCUGAUGUUAUAAGUUACUGUUUUCGUCUAGACAUUCCUUAAACCUUUUAGAAGUAACGUAAAGGCAAACUUAAGUAAGAUGAUGCAAUUUAUGCUCCUAUUUAGUCGGCAAGGCAAGUUACGUCUACAGAAAUGGUACGUGGCCCACCCUGAUAAACUGAAAAAGAAAAUUACCCGUGAACUUAUCACUACAGUGCUGGCGCGGAAGCCGAAAAUGUGCUCUUUUCUCGAGUGGAAAGAUGUGAAAGUAGUAUAUAAGAGAUACGCGUCCCUGUACUUCUGCUGCGCCAUGGAGCAGGAGGACAAUGAGCUGCUGACCCUGGAGCUCAUCCACCGCUAUGUCGAGCUUCUCGAUAAAUACUUUGGCAGCGUGUGCGAGCUGGACAUAAUCUUCAACUUCGAGAAAGCCUACUUCAUCCUCGAUGAGCUGGUGCUCGGCGGAGAGCUGCAGGAGACCAGCAAGAAGAAUGUGCUGAAGGCCAUCGCUGCACAGGAUCUUCUGCAGGAGGACCUGAACGAUGGAUUGUUGCACUGACCCGCAGGACACAAACCCCUAAGUCUGUAUUCCGUAGACCCACCAUGCUUCGCUUCUUUCCUGUUAUUUUCAACCUUCUGACAGUUGCGACUAUUAGAGACCGUGGACGGUCUCGACUUGUGUUUCAAUCAAUGUCAUGUUUGUCAUCUAGUUAUUCCGAUUGCUUUAAGAGUCCGUCCACUAUCUGAAAAAAUCUUACGCACAGAGUUUGUGAUUUGUAUGCUAGUUUGAAGUGUUGUUUUUGCAAGAAUGAACUUUUGAUGAUUCGUUUAAGAUUGUCGCGUUUAUGCAUACUGUUAUAAAAAACAAGCUUUCUCUACUUUUGCGGUGCUUUUAUAUAAAACCUUUCUCUAUUCGUUUUUGCCGUUUGAUUUAAUGUUGAUUAUUCAAAGAUGAAUUUAAUCAUCUAUAAACAGCUACAGCUUAUUUAUUCCGAAUUGAAACGAUCUUUUGUAAUAUGCAUGAAAACAAAUUUUCUUACAAACUCUAAAAUAGCAAAAAUAAGUUGAGUAAAAUUAACACAACGUUGCAUACGGACUCUUAAAGGAAAUGCAAUCUCAAUCGUGCCAUCAUGUCUCAUUAGUGACAAGAAUAUUUUGACUGUCAGGCGAAUUUAUUUUUUGCAUGCACAUAAUAUUAUUAUUUAGUUCAACUGUAUAUGAUGUUGGUUAUUAAUUAGGUAUUUAUUAUGUUCAUUUCUUUUUUACUAUUUAUACAUAUACACUCAGUGGCAUUCAUACACAUACAAAUUUAUUAGCAAUUCAUAAAUAAUAUAAAUAAGUAGAUGAAUAUGGAAUUUAGAUCUUAUUUAUAGUGUAAUAAAUAUUUAUUUGUAAGUCCCAGAAUACAUGGAAAAUUUGAACUAGAGUCUUAUGAUGUAACUUAGAAUAUUAGGUAUACAUAUAGAUAUUAGAUACCAGUCUCAUCUUAUCUCUUUUGUGAUCUCACCUAAGACACAUUUUUUCCAAUUACAUGAAACAUUUUAGAGAAAUUUAACGAUACUAAUUAGUACUUUGUGCCAUUUGCUCAAAUUCGUUUACUUAGUCCAAAAUGUUAUAAUUAAUACCAUACGGGGAAUCUUAAAGUGAGUUAUGUGUUCCCUGCAUGUUGUGUUCUGGGCCUGUAUAUUUAAUAAAUGUAACGAACAAGUAGUACAUGUCAGUAUGCUUCAUAUUUUUGUGUAGUUUUGUUUAACUGAUCGGUAUUAAUAAUGUAUUCUAGUACACUGUUCUACUGGGAUAACGUGUAUAUAUAUAUUUCAAAUAUAUACAUAAUUUUUUGCUAUUGAUAGAAAAAGAGUAUACUUUUUAAAAGUAUAAAACUAAACCAUUUCUGUCGGCGUGUUAGACACAUGUUUUUAAUCUAAAUACCGUUUUAUAUCUACGUUUUUUUAAGCAUCUCAGUCAUUUGUAAUUUAAGUGUGAUUUUGAUUUAUCAUUGCUGCUUGUUCGUCUGUUUGUAUCUCUCAGUAAAACAGUGUCAUAUAUUCUCGCUGUUCAUGCAUUUGCUGUAAUGGGAUGUCGAAAUACAUUGGUUUCAACUAAAA